AUGACGACCGGGCAAGACUCGUCGGAGUCGGUCAAAACCGCAGGGAGUGGAGGUAGUAUAUCUCCAGACUUCGCUCAUGGAGAACCUCUGGAUGGCGCCUUUGCUCGGAGGGUCGUUCGAAAGAUCGACAAGGUUAUGAUGCCUCUGAUGUUCAUCACGUAUUGUCUGAACUUUGCGGACAAGACGGUACUCUCGAGCGCGUCUGUGUUCGGGUUGAGCACUGAUACGGGUCUCGUGGGCCAACAAUACAGUUGGAUCUCGAGCGUUUUCUACUUCGGAUACCUCAUGUGGACAUACCCAACGACGCUGCUCAUCCAGAAACUGCCCGUUGGCACCUACAUCUCUAUCAACACCAUCCUCUGGGGUCUGAUCGUCGCCCUCACCGCAGCAUGCACGAACUUCGGUGGACUCAUGGCCGUCCGGUUCCUUCUCGGAGUUGCGGAAGCUACGAUCACGCCCGCCUUCGUCUACGUGACGGCGAUGUGGUACACGCGGGAGGAGAUCCCUGUGAGGACGGGGAUAUGGUUCGCGGGGAACUCGUUUGGCGGGUUUGCGACGAGCUUGAUCGCGUAUGGGGUUGGCCAUAUCGAGAGACCGUUGACGGCGUGGCAGUGGUUGUUCAUAAUAUUCGGAGUGGCCACGGGUUUGUGGGGCAUCGCUAUGCUGUUUACUUUGCCGGAUUCGAUCUCUUCGUGCAAGUUCUUGACGGAGGAGGAGAAGCAGUAUGCGACAGAGCGGGUGGCGGUGGCGGGGACGGGCAAUGUGAAAGCGCCGAAGGCUAGUGAGUGGAAGGCCGAGCAGGCAAUUGAAUGUCUCUUGGAUGUCAAGACCUGGUUCUUCGUGGCGAUUUCCAUCUGUACACAGAUCCCGAAUAGCGGGACGAACAACUUUGCGAACCUUGUGAUUACAGGAUUUGGGUUCACCGACUUGCAGAGCACGUUGGUCGGGAUCCCUUCCAGUUUCAUAUCAUUCUUUUCCAUUCUGAUCACUGGGUACAUAGCGGGCCACAGGCGGAACGCGUCCGCGCUGCUCCUCAUCGCGGUCGUGAUACCGCCGGUGGUGGGGAGUGCGAUCAUCUAUAAAGACCUUAGCAACGGAGUGAAGCUGUUUGCAUACUAUAUCAUUUCCACCGGCCCGGCUGCUCUGCCAUUGGCUAUGAGCUUAAUGUCGUCGAAUUACAGAGGCGUAACGAAGAAGAUGACGAUGACGGCGCUGAUGUUUCUCUGUUACUGUGCUGGAAAUAUAGCUGGGCCACACUUCUUCUUGACAGCGGAGAAGCCACACUAUCCGACCGCGUUCAGGACGAUCAUGAUAUGCUACGCUCUCGUCGUAGUGGAGGCACUCGGGCUGCGAUAUUACCUGGCGUACGAGAACCGGCGGCGAGACAUGGUUGAGGGGGCGUCGGGGAGAGUACCGGCGACGGUGAGCUCGGACGAGGAUCUGACAGACAAGCAGACGGUGGGGAUGAGGUACCGGUUGUGA